UUUUUCAUCCCUGUGAUUGUGUUGUAAAUGUGAAGACAGAUAAGAUAUGGUUAUGAGCUAGGUAAGUCAGGACCUGCCAGGCAGCUUACUUCAGCCAUUUGCUGUGCACCUUCUGUUGAUUUUUAACUACACUGAGCAAAUAAAUUGAAGGUACUUUGUACAAACUAAGUACUAAAAAAGAAACAUUUUCUUCUGAAUCUGAGGCCCUUAUGGUGACUUCCACAUCUUAACCUGGAUUCUUUAAUCAAAUGAUCUUUGAGGUGAAAGGAGUACACCCAUGACACAGCAGCCAUCUGUGACACUAGGCACAGCACCAGCAAAGGGCUCUGAUAGGAACUGGAUGUGGGAUGGAAACUGCCCAAGGGCAGGGGUAUGGGCUGAGCACUAGCUGGGUUUCAACAUUGCUCCAGUAUCCGAACUGCUUGUACUUAAUUAGGAGUAGGUGGCGGGGGUCAAAGUUCUGAAUAAUGAAUCUCCUUUUCAGACAAAAGUUUUACGAGUAAUUUUCAUUUUUAACUUACUGCUUGCUUGGUGCUUUUGAUGAUCAUGAUGCUAAUCCACAGAGCAGAAAAUGUUCCGACAAUCUUAGAAAAUUCUCUUUCCGAAAAGGAGUCUUUCCUAGUUUCAAUGCUAGAGUGAAAUAAGAGGGUGGAAACAGAGGAAUGAGGUUUGAUAACCCAAUGCCUAAUUUCCAUAGCUUAUUGACUGAGACUGGAUGGUGUGACUUCCUGCUUAAAAAUAAAUAAAUGAUAGGCUGUCACUGGACAACCAUUUGAAAAGAAAAUAAGUGGGGUGAUAGAGAAUCCUUCACUGCCAACUUGACACUUCUCAGUAUCAGUUUAGAAAUAAGUUAUUCAUGUUUAACAAAGGAGAAAAAAAAAAGCUGUCAACCUAGAGAUCAGUCAUUUCAGAUGUUAUCAUUCUGGUAAGGUAUUUUGUUGCAUUGGCUAGUGCUGACAGCUAGUGCAUAGAACAGUUCAAGAAGCAUACUGAGAGCGUUGUGAUUUUAGCAGUUAUUUGUUUACGUGGUGUUCUACUAUGAUACAUAAAGCAGUUUUAUAGAGCAGUAUGGGAUCUUUAUUGUCUUUAUUCCUGCCCCUUGACCAAUGGCAGUGGCGUUGAGUGCAAGCAUUACUAACUUAUGUGAGAUGUUGUGUGUGUUGCAAGGCAUGCACCGUAGCUGUAUGAACUUACCUGAGUUCUGGCCAUUAUGAAGAGAAAUGGAUUUAUCUGAAUAUAAAUCUGUUCUAAUGUUGAAUUUUAUUUAUCUUUUAAGUUUUUCAUUUUUAGUAUGGAAUAACAGGAAUGUACGCUUUGUGAGAGUUACUGACAGUCUAUGAGGAAUAGGAUGUAUGUAAUUCUGAACAGACUAUGACUGCAUCCUUAAGUUCUGACUUAGGAGAAGCCACGUAAAGCUCAGCUUACCCUGUAACUACCUGGAGCUGGCAGCAGCUACAGUGUACUUCAUAUGACCAGGAUGUGGCCUGCAGCCAUCACAUUCCUUUCACAUGGGUCACUAAAUGGCACUGGGAAUAGCAUAAUCUUCAGUUGCAGCUCAGAAUGUGCUUGCCUCUCUAAAUGAGUUUUUCCCCAUCCAUGCGGCGCACUUUAAAGUUAGUGUGUUUUGGCUGAAUGUUCAGGAGUAAUCAAUACUCCAGUGCAGUUUAGCCUGGGGGGGUAAAAGGAUACAACUGUGACUUAGGAAACAGUGUUGAUGUGUUUGGAACAGUACAGACAAUUUCCAGUGGAACAGCUCAGAUGUGUAACAAAUGGGCAGAAUGUGAUGAGAGUGAGUAUAUUGUAGAAGAAACUCUAAACAAACCCAUUUCCAUGCAUCCUCGAUAGAGCCCAAGAAGUUCUGCAAUCUAGAGCUCAGAAAGCGGUCAUCUGGAAAGUCUUGCCCCCAGGUUGGGUUUAUUAAACUAGGGCAAAGAAAAGACACAGCUUCUCUAAGUAAUAUUUGGUUACCUACAUUUGACUUUCUUCAUUUCACAACCCACACUCCUACCCCUAAAAAUAUAUGUUUCACCCACAGAACCAUUACCUCACAACCUUUUAUUUCCUCCUCUUUUGGGUUGAAUCUUAUAACCUACUUUAAAAAAAAAAAAAAAAGUCCCCAGCAUGCCGCUAUCUCUGGUUAUAGCAUCAGGAAGGAGCACUCAGGUUGGGCAUGAUGGAAUUUGCCGUGGGGAAACCCAGUGAUGAGAGUGGAACCCGCCCGCGUGUGAAUUCCCAUGGCUCUGGCAGCUGCUUUAUAAGCAGGUGGAGAAGUGUUGAAGCUGGCAGUGCAGGCAGGCUGCGAAGGAGCAUUCCUUGGAGCACAGCUGCUGCUUGGGGUGAACAUGUCUUCCGUCAGCACCAAGAGUUUGAUUUUGGCUUCUCUGCUGGGGCUGCUGUUGCUGCUGCUGUGCAGUACCUCCCAGGCACAAAGCAACCAAGAUUGCUGUCUGUCUUACACCAAAGCCCGUCUGCCUCGGAAGGUCAUUAAGGGCUUUACUGAACAGCUCUCUGGUGAAGUCUGCGAUAUUGAUGCCAUCAUCUUCCACACCAACAGGGGACUGAAAGCCUGUGUAAAUCCUAAGGAAGACUGGGUGAAGAAGCAUCUUCUUUUCCUGAGCCAUAAGCUCAAGAAGAUGUCAAUGUGAUACAGUUUCCAGCAGGGAACUAAACGCAGACCUGGCUGAAGAACCUCUUGGUUGAGGUUGUCAUGUUGUACACUGUUGUGUGCUUACUCACCACUAUCUCUGGCUUCUUUGGAACCGUUGAACUUCUGGAGUUGAUUCAUAUUGCAUCACUCUUUUGCUUGAAUUAAGCAUUUUGUUGAUGUUUUUAGGUUUACUAAUAUGACACGAGUGCUGUUUAAUAGACUUCAUUAAGCUAUUGUACAGAGCGUGCAUUGUAUUAGGCUUAUUGCAUAGCACUAUUGUGUUGCUCAGCAUUUGUAAAUCUUUGUAAAGGUUAUUUAUUCUGUUUAUUUUGUUACUUCUUGGCACUAUCUUGUGCCAAAAUUUCCCUUUUAACUGGAGUUAGCAUUAUAAUACUUUUCAGGCUAUUGUUUAAAAAAGUGCUUGUGGGGGGAAAAAAUGGAAACUGGAGUUAAAAAUAAAUGUUUAAAUCUGCA